GUUCACGACGACGGCGAGACACAAAUGCUCAAGGCUUCAAAAUCAGCAGCGACACUAAACCGUCGCGCGGCUUUUACAACAUUUCGCCGCUCUCUAGCUACCGUCGCAGACCCCCCAGUCCGGCGGUAUGGUGGUCUCAAAGACCAGGACCGAAUUUUCACCAAUGCUUACUGUAGACAUGACCAUGGCUUGAAAGGUGCAAAGUCUCGUGGAGACUGGCAUCGCACAAAAGAUAUCAUUCUCAAGGGUGACUCUUGGAUCAUACAGACCAUGAAGGAUUCUGGUCUUCGAGGUCGUGGUGGGGCCGGCUUCCCAAGUGGUCUUAAAUGGUCUUUCAUGAACAAGCCUGGGUGGGAAAAAGAUGGACGCCCACGCUACCUUGUGGUCAACGCAGACGAGGGUGAACCUGGAACGUGCAAGGAUCGUGAAAUUCUCCGAGGUGAUCCACACAAGCUCGUCGAAGGGUGUCUCAUUGCUGGACGAGCCAUGAAUGCAACAGCAGCCUAUAUCUAUAUCCGCGGCGAGUUCUUUCAGGAAGCCUCACAUCUCCAGCAAGCCAUCACUGAAGCUUAUCGCGACGGUCUGAUCGGAAAAAAUGCUUGCGGGUCUGGAUACACCUUUGACGUCUAUCUCCACCGUGGUGCAGGCGCAUACAUCUGCGGUGAGGAAACUGCACUCAUUGAAUCACUCGAGGGCAAACAAGGUAAGCCGCGACUUAAGCCACCCUUCCCUGCGGAUGUCGGCCUUUUUGGUUGUCCCACAACUGUUGCAAAUGUGGAAACCGUGGCUGUUGCACCUACGAUAUGUCGUCGCGGUGCUUCGUGGUUUGCUGGGUUCGGACGGGAGCGGAACCAGGGGACAAAGCUGUAUUGUAUCAGUGGGCACGUAAACAACCCUUGUGUCGUCGAGGAAGAGAUGAGUAUCCCUCUGCGCGAGCUCGUUGAGCGCCACUGUGGUGGUGUUCGUGGUGGGUGGGAUAACCUCCUUGGCAUCAUCCCUGGCGGUAGUUCGGUACCUGUCCUACCAAUCGACAAGUGUGGCGAGGUGCUUAUGGAUUAUGACUCGCUGAAAGAUGCCCAGUCGGGUCUUGGAACUGGUGCAGUCAUAGUCAUGGAUAAAAGUACAGACAUUGUUUCAGCAAUCGCACGCUUUUCUUCUUUUUACAAGCAUGAAUCGUGUGGUCAAUGUACUCCCUGUCGUGAAGGCACGACAUGGAUGAUGAACAUGAUGAACCGUAUGGUCGAAGGUCGUGCCCACCGGCGAGAGAUCGACAUGCUCCUUGAACUAACUAAACAAGUCGAAGGUCGUACGAUUUGUGCCCUGGGCGACGCUGCUGCCUGGCCAAUUCAAGGCCUCAUGCGCCACUUCCGCCCACUUGUUGAAGCGCGUAUUGACGAGUUCCGCGCAACGCAAGGCGGUGUGAUGUUUGGAGGGAGGAUGAUCAAAGAUGCGGAUACUACACUCGCAUUACCUGAUAACUUGGGAGCGAAUUUGAUAGAAGCUGGCGAUCGCGUGUAGGGUGGAUGUAUCUAGACGUAUCUCAAUUCAAAAUCCUUUUCUAAAGCGUUGUCGACCAUGGUAAGGCAACCAACAUC